UGCAAGCAAGGGGUUGCCUUCAAUUGUUAAUCUCGAUCAUGCCACUAUGCAGAACCUUGAGUUGUUGCGAGGCUGAGUUGAAAGAGGACAUCACUGCAGAAGAGUCAUUUGAAACUAAGAAGUGUAAACUUGCGGAACUGGGAAUUACUCUGCUUGCUGACCCAGAGUCUAAUAUUAAACUGUUAAAAGAAAUGCUGCAGAUGUGCAAUGAUCACAAUCAUGCUAUCGUUAAGCUUGGGCUUCUAUCUUUGUUGGCUGUGUUCAAAGACAUCAUUCCUGGCUACCACAUUAGACUUCCUACUGAGAAGGAGCUGGUGAUGAAAGUUUCAAAGGAUGUCAAGAAGAUGCGGAAACUUUGUUGUGACACUAUUAAGUCACUCUUUACAAAUGAGGGUAAACACAGUGGUGAAGUGACUGGAGCAGCUGUUCGAUUGAUUGCAAAUUAUGUGAAAGCUCAUAAUUGUCAGAUGCAUCCUGACUCGAUUCAAAGUAUGUCACUAUUUUGA